CUUCGGAUCACGGUCAGGAUACGGUCAUCUACCGGUCUGAGUCAGGAAAGCUUUGAUGUUUAAAAAGGUAGCGCUUGUUAGCUCACGUUAUUUGCUGACUGUUAAUAUUUACCCGGUGAAUAUGUCGGCGGAUUAUCUGAAUAACGUUAGGUGUCAUGGUGAAAGAAGCGCGGAGUCUAGCACUGAAGCACGGCGCUUUGGCUGUCAAUCCACAAGAGGAUUUUGAAUGAGACGGAAAGGACCGAGGAUGGACCUGUACGGAUAUAUUUCCUUUAUAUGAGAGCAAACUGAGAUGAAAACAUCGCUCACUGGAUGCUUCAGAAGGAGGAUACAAUAGAGGUCAUUCGUGCUGUGUUCAGGAGUUGGGCUGCGGCCGAUGGGCUUUUCACCCAGCGGCAUCCAGAAGAGCAGCGUCAUCUUCGAGCAUUGUGGGUAUUUAGCAAAUUUACCUGUGAAGCUGAUGGUGGAGUCAUCUUCGUCUGGAGGCAGGGGUGCUGAGGAAGGCAGACCACCUCCCCGAAUCGCAGAUGUUACAGACAGGCAGGAGAACAUAAUGCAAGGCAUGUUCUCCAACAGCGGUGCAUCGCAGAGAGAAAAGGGUCAAUUACAGAGCAGCCAGGAGCAUGAGGCGACGGAGUCAUGUGAUGAAGUAAACCAGCCAUGUGGCGCUAAGCUCCCGAAUGGACACGCAAGCCACAAUGCACCUGAGCGGGACGCCUGCAAGUCAUCCAAUCCUGCUGGAAGCUGCGCGGUUUCUGAAGUUGACCAUGGGAUUGCAAACGGUGAGCUGUUGGUGGACUCUGGAAGUGCUGGAGAAACACUACGAACUCCAGAUGAAGCUGGAGAAAGCCUAGAAACUCAAGUUGAAGCUGAGAGAAGCACUACUGAUCGCUGUUCAGGCCUCCAAAGUUUAGAAUGUAAUGAAGGAAAGCUGCAUAGAUGCUCGUCAACAAGUCCUUCAACUCUGAAACACUCUCUCAGGACGUUUUCCUCCAGCACUUUCCUUAACACUGACUCUGCUUCUCUCAGUCCGAAUGAUGAUGAUGGUGAUGAUGAUGAAACCUUUUCCACUUCUGAUAGACCUGAUGACUUAAGAUUCAUGGACGUGUCUCUGAAAUCCAGGAAUACUUAUGAGAUCAGUCGGCGGCAGAGCGCUCCAGACAACAUCCCUGGCGUGUUGAGUGUUGCUGCAGCAGAUCUGACUCUCGGCCAGAGGAAACACGGCAUCUCCGACAUCUUUAGCAGGAGUCUGUUCACCAGAAAGCAGAGGGAGGCCCAGAGUGCACCGGGGUGGAAACUUUUUGGAAAGGUCCCGCUGAGAGAGAGUCCUCCCAAAGACUCCAAAACCAUUCAACAGGAAAGCAACCCAGGCAAUCUCACGUCUGUCUCUACACCCAAUCUCUUAAGUUCAGGGGAGUACGAGGCCAAGGCAUCUAAAACUGGCCAGAGUCCCUCGCUGCCUGCACAGAGCCGACGGAAGAACCUGGAGUUUGAGCCGCUUUCCACCACUGCACUCAUUUUAGAGGACCGACCUGCGAACCUCCCUGCAAAGUCGGAAGAGGAAGCACAGCGCCACCGUCAGGAGUAUGAUGAGAUGGUGGCGGAGGCUAAGAAGAGAGAGCUAAAAGAGGCUCAGAGGAAGAAAAAGCAGAUGAGAGAAAGGUUUAAACAGGAAGAGAGCAUCGCUAACGCCAUGGUGGUUUGGAACACUGAAAUCCUCCCCAACUGGGAGAGCAUGCGUGGCACGCGGCGUGUGAGGGAUCUGUGGUGGCAAGGUCUUCCCCCCAAUGUGAGGGGUAAAGUCUGGAGUCUGGCCAUUGGGAAUGAGCUGAACAUCACCUCAGAUUUGUAUGAGAUCUUUCUGUCGCGGGCCAAGGAGCGCUGGAAGAGCUUUAGAGAAACGGGCAGUGAGAUUGAGUCAGAUGUGGACAGUGCCGACCGCGAGUCCAGUCUGGAUCUGAUCAAGCUGGACAUCUCACGCACAUUCCCAUCACUCUUCAUCUUCCAGAAGGGUGGGCCGUAUCAUGAUCUCCUGCACAGUGUUCUGGGGGCUUACACCUGCUACAGACCUGAUGUGGGAUACGUUCAGGGCAUGUCCUUCAUUGCUGCUGUGUUGAUUCUCAAUCUGGAGGAGGCCGACGCUUUCAUCGCCUUCGCCAAUCUCCUCAACAAACCCUGUCAGAUGGCUUUCUUCAGAGUGGACCACGAGCUGAUGCUGAAGUACUUUGCAGCGUUUGAGGUGUUUUUUGAGGAAAACCUGCCUAGACUGUUUAAUCACUUCAAGAGUUACAGCCUCACGCCUGACCUUUAUCUGAUAGACUGGAUCUUCACGCUGUACGCUAAGUCUCUGCCGCUGGAUGUGGCGUGUCGGGUGUGGGACGUCUUCUGCAGGGACGGAGAGGAGUUUUUGUUCCGGACGGGGCUGGGUAUCCUGCGGCUCUACGAGGACCUGCUCCUGCAGAUGGAUUUCAUUCACAUCGCUCAGUUUCUGACCCGACUGCCGGACGACACGCCACCUGAACGCCUCUUCAGCUGCAUUGCCAGCACGCAGAUGAUCAGCGGCAACAGGAAGUGGACACAGCUUUGAAAACAUAGAAAAAGGAUUGCUAAGCACAAAGUCACUCCAAAUGUGUUUAAUGCCCUCAUAAAGGAUAAAGAAAUGGAAAAAAGCAGCAUUCCUUCAUUGAAAAACUCAUGAAGCCUCCUCAGUUUUAUAUUUCCGAUUGACUAUAUGGAAUAGAAAGAAGGAUUAAAUAAAACUCAAAGAAACGAAGAAAAAGCUAAACUUAACUUCUUUGGAACCACGCCAGUAUUAAGAUAAAUAUUUAUAUGACUUCAAAAGCCUUUAUGAGAAACAUAUUCCACCAGCUUUACUCAUGUACUGUACCAGAUACCAGCAUCAGGCUUUUUAUUGUAAUAUUCCUCCUUAUGGAAAGUCAAAUUCGGUGAAGCUAAUCGUCACAUAACUCAUUUUGUAUGCUGAAGAUUGUUUUGAAGCAUUCAUUCAGAGCCUGUUUAAUGCACUUGAGAUUUUAUCAAUAGUAUAGUGAGAAAUAAAAAAGGUGAUGUUUUUAAGCUGUCGUUUUGUAGGUGAAGAGCUUAAAAGGUGCAGUUGAAAAUGUACAAAUAAGUCUGAUGCAGUUAAUGAGUGUCUUGAGGAUUUUAAAAGCAUUUCGCUGCUUCUUGUCGAAGAAUGAUCACUUUAAGUCAACAUCUCUUCUUUUAAAACACUAAUAUGUAGCUUACUCUGAAAACUAAAUCAUAUUAAAGGUGCUGUAUGUAAGUUUGACUUUUCUAAAGCAUAAAAAUGGCAUAAUAUGUUUGCAGAUAUUUAAGAAUCAUGCUAAGUGAACAUUCUUGUUUAUCUGAAAAUCAAUGCUGAAGUCAAAUAUUCUGCUUUGAAAUUGUGCGUGACAUGCUGGAAAGUCUGUCUUUGGGCGGGUUAAAAGAACCAAAACAAUGCAAAUUUAGCCAAUUAUAUUUCAGCACUCCGAGUUGCCUUGCUGGAAAACAGCAUAUUUCAUUCAUUCAGUCAGAAAGGCUCUCAAAGAAUGUGUCUGUGACCGAAACGCGACCUCCGGUGGACAGUAGCAGACUCCGAAAUGAGAAGCAGAUUCAGAGUUCCACAUGAGGUUAUUAAUUAGCAAAUAAUAUAAGUAUUACAAUUUUAAACAUGAGGUGAGCAGGCUACAUUACCUAUGUUUCUAUCCAAAACUGCUAAUUAACUUUAUGCGCAAAACUGGAUUAUCGCAUAAAAGCAGUGCGAAUAAAGCAGCGUUUCCAUCCAACGAGUCAAAGCUAACAAAGUCGUCACUUUCUGAUUAUCUGGCGCAGUAAAAUGGAAUUUGCUGUGAUAAGAGAAGCUGCGUGUAUCUUUUCUUCAUCUAAUACAUGACUUGCGUCUCAGAAGGCAAUCCUGACACGCAGUGAACGUGGCGUUUGAAGGCGUGAGACGCGGAGCACAGACGCUCUUGAUUCUGGAGGUCAUUAAUAAUAUAAUAACACUAAUACUUAGAUGGUUAAGGCGUUUUAGAUUGACCAAAACAACACUUGAGAUGUUCUACAGUGUGCUCAGCCUGCUGGUUUGUCCAUUCAGACACAGUUUUAUCAUCACAUGAUCUUUUAUAACAAAAUCACAUGACCUUUUUUAAUGCGCAUACUGGAAUGGUAAUUGGUAAAAGUGUUUCCGUCACAGUUUAUGCGCAUCUUUUCUUGUCGAAUAAAAAGUUUAUCCUACUCAAUUAUGCACAUAUGUUUUUUAUGCGCAUUUUCAAAAUGUGCAUAAAAAUAGGUGGAUGGAAAUGUAGCUAACCCUGUGUCCUAACAACGUGCUACGUGACGAGAUUUGCAGUGAUAAGCAAUUUGGCUGUUUGCACCAGACGAAACAUGACAGAAAUUUAAAUACAGCCAUUUAGAAGCACAGAACAGUGCACUCACUGCACUCCAGCGAAAUGGUACGGUUUAUAAUCUAAUUAAUACAUAUUAAGCCUCUUUAAAUGAUUAAAUGUAGAUGCUGAAUCACUGAUAUGUGUUGGUUUGCAGUCACAGUUCUAAAGUUCAAUUUCAUAUGGUUUAUUUACCAGAUCUGAGGUGAACUAUCUGCUGCUGCUUUCAGUAGUAUGGCAAUAAAUGUCCUUUAAAAUGGCAUUCAAACUCACAUUAUUGGCAUAUAACACUGAAUAAAGCACAUGAGGUGUACCUGAGGUGAUCAUCAUCAGUUUUUUGUUGUUCAGCUGCAAGAAGCUGUUUCUGAAAUAUCAAUUUCAGGUAUUGGUUAGGACAAAAACUCCUUUUAAUAUAAAAAUAUUCCUUCUAUCGCGUGCUGUUGCUUUUAUUUAGAACACCACUUAAAUUAGCCUUUAGGCUCGAUAGUCAGACACACUCCUGUUGGUGUCCUCAAUCUGGCAGCCUGCGCUUUCAUGCGUUUUAAACUAGGAGUGCAAUACCUAGUUCAACCACUAGGUGUCAAACUUACAUACUGCACCUUUAAUGUUAAGCCGCCUUUCCACUGCACAAGGCAAGCGACAGACCGGAAGUCAUUCAUUUCCAAUGGAGAGUAGUCCGGGAGCUGCGAUGAGUUCCGAUCAUCUCCGUAUGUGGAAAAUUCGGAUCCAAUUUGCGCUGCGGAUACGUUGAAAUAUUUGAACUCCUGCGACUAGAUCGUAUUCAACCGGCCGACCGAAUGUGAUGUAUUCCAGUGUUGUCCAAGCAGAUCCGUUCGCGCGAGAUGAGGAAUAGUAGUUUUUAUUGUUAUUUUUUGAAUCAGAAAAAGUUUAUACUAAAAAACAUUUCUAUUCAUAAAUGAGUAAUAAAAAUAUUAUUUUUUUACGUCGUCUCCGCAUUCCCUUCAAAAUUUUUAGCAGUCUAUGAGUUUCUAGUAUUCAUUCAUUCAACCACGGUGAACGCACAGAGAAUAAAGCCUCUUGCUUUUGCACUCCUUUAUUUCGGACACUGCGAAAUAGCUUCCCAUGAUGCACGACUAAGCUGAAAAUUCUGUGCGACAGCCACAAGGGGGCAUAUUCUGACAGUCAAGUCCGAAUGUCGUGUUCAGUGGAAAGGCAGCUUCACAGCCCAUUCACACAGGGCGUCAGCUUCAACGCUUCCCAUUCACUUUAAAUGGGUGACGUCAGGCAUUGCCAAACUGCAUUGUGGAUCCGUCGGCACCGCUUCAGAGGCAUUGCUCGCUGCAAAUGUUGGGACUUGCUCAACUUUUCAAGCGCCGACAGAAGCGUCCGCCAAUCAGAUCGCUGUAUGCAAAUACACCAGCUCAGACAGUGGCCUAUUGCUGACUAAUUUCAUUGGCUGACGCUGCUAUGACAAUCGCGUCAGCCCUAACUUCAGACACGCCCUCUGUCAAGCGUUGACGUGUGAAUGGGGCGUUAGUGUCACAGAAGUGCAGAGUCAUCAUUCAUUGAGAGAAUUGUAAGGUACAUUUUCUAACAUGUUAAAGAAUAAGAAUGUGUGGUAAAAUAAUUAAAAUUGUGUCUACUUUGUCUGCUCUGUGUUCAGUUGUUUGACCAAAUGCUUUGUUCAUCAUGGAUUUUAAGCCCAAUGUCUGUAAAUAUUGGGUCGAUUUGGUAAUGUUGUAUCUUGCUGAAAAAUGUAAAUUGUAUCAUCGAGUCCUGGUUUGUUUUCUACACACUCCUGGUUUUAUUGUACAGUUUUCAUACUCCAGUGAAGCCGAGUUGUAAAUAAGUGGACUAUUUGACACCACGAGAUUCAACCAUGUAAAUAAAUCUGAAACUGCA